AUGAACCCUUUUAAUCGGCCUUACUCAUUUCAUUAUGCACGACAAGGCGAUGAAAGCGACGGCCUGGGUGAUGGCCAUUCGCCUCGGAAUACUGAGCUCUCAAAUGAGCACUCCAUCUCCCUACUUCCUCCACCCCAUUCUACUGCCUUGUCUCUCAGCCCCUUCGACGACCCAGUCUCUUCGAGUGAAGUGACUCGCCGACCGUAUCCCUCUUCAUAUGCUGAGGUCAAUAGCCACAGACCAGAGUCGAUGGAAUCACUAGACCUCCCUGAUCAGAUCAGAUUACACAACCUUUCCAACCAGGGCUCUGCUAUCUCCUCUUCCAAAGAAUCGGGCCCACGACACAAAGGAAGUAGCAUUCGUCGAUAUCCCACACGGCGAAUCAAGUUGACCCAAGGCUCGGUCUUAAGUAUCAACUAUCCAGUACCAAGUCCUAUACGCAAUGCUAUUCAGCCUGAGUAUCGAGAUUCGGAGGGGGAACUUCCUGAAGAGUUCACGCAAAUGAGAUACACUGCUGCAACAUGUGAUCCGGAUGAAUUUACGCUACGCAAUGGUUAUAAUCUCCGUCCUUCGAUGUAUAAUCGGCACACUGAACUUCUCAUUGCCGUCACAUACUACAACGAGGAUAAAGUACUAACCGCUCGCACCUUGCAUGGGGUAAUGCAAAAUGUACGAGAUAUUGUGAAAUUGAAAAGGACAGAGUUCUGGGAUAGAGGUGGUCCCGCCUGGCAGAAGAUUGUCGUCUGCCUUGUCUUCGAUGGGAUGGAUCCCUGCGAUAAAAAUACACUCGACGUUCUGGCAACCAUUGGCGUUUUUCAAGAUGGUGUGAUGAAACAAGAUGUGGAUGGAAGAGAAACGGUCGCUCAUAUUUUUGAAUAUACCACACAGUUGUCGGUUACCCCAAAACAAGAGCUUGUCCGCCCGUACAAAGACGACCCUAUGAAUCUACCCCCGGUACAGAUGAUGUUUUGCCUUAAGAAGAAGAAUACUAAGAAGAUCAACUCACAUCGGUGGUUAUUCAAUGCAUUUGGGCGCAUUUUGAAUCCCGAGAUCUGCAUUUUGAUCGACGCGGGCACAAAACCCGGACCUAAGUCUUUGCUAGCCCUAUGGCAGGCCUUCUACAACGAUAAGAAUCUCGGCGGGGCCUGUGGUGAAAUUCACGCGCUUCUGGGCCACCGAUGGAAGAAGCUCCUCAAUCCGUUGGUUGCGGCGCAAAACUUCGAAUACAAAAUCUCGAACAUCCUGGACAAGCCGUUAGAGAGCAGUUUUGGCUAUGUGAGCGUACUUCCAGGUGCCUUUUCUGCCUAUCGGUAUCGCGCUAUUAUGGGCAGACCUCUAGAGCAGUAUUUCCAUGGAGACCACACGCUAGCUCAGAAGCUCGGUAAGAAAGGAAUUGAUGGGAUGAAUAUUUUCAAAAAGAACAUGUUCCUUGCAGAAGAUCGCAUUCUUUGCUUUGAGUUAGUGGCCAAGGCUGGCAACCAGUGGCACCUCACGUACGUGAAAGCGUCGAAAGGCGAAACAGACGUCCCAGAACUACCAGCAGAGUUCCUAAGUCAACGGCGGCGAUGGCUGAAUGGCUCUUUUGCGGCAUCGCUAUAUUCCAUCAUGCAUUUCGACCGGAUAUAUAAGAGCGGCCAUAGCAUCGUUCGGUUGAUAUUGCUUCAUGUCCAAUUGGUUUACAAUGUGUGCCAGUUAGUUAUGACAUGGCUGUCACUCGCAUCCUACUGGCUCACAAGUUCUGUCAUCUUGGACAUUGUGGGAACACCAAGUGCGACCAACAAAUUCAAAGGGUGGCCUUUUGGGAAUGAUGCUACCCCGAUUGUCAAUAACAUGUUGAAAAUUGGUUACCUGUCCUUCCUUAUGCUUCAAUUUAUCCUAGCUCUCGGAAAUCGACCAAAGGGAUCAAAAUUCCUGUACACGCUCUCCUUCCUCUACUUUUCCGUGGUCCAACUCUAUCUCCUCAUCUUGUCGUUUUACCUCGUUGCGCAGGCAAUGACACCCGAGAACCUCGAAUUCGAUUUCGACCAUGGGUUUGCGGCACUCGUAUCGGGUUUUAUUGCCUCAACGGGUGGACUUGUUCUGAUCGCCUUGGUCUCAACAUACGGAAUCUACUUCCUUGCCAGCAUACUCUACGCCGACCCCUGGCAUAUGUUCACUUCAUCUUGGGCCUAUUUCCUUGGAAUGCCUUCCUCGAUCAAUGUUCUGAUGGUCUACGCAUUUUGCAAUUGGCAUGAUGUUUCAUGGGGUACAAAGGGAUCCGACGCACCCGAGAAGCUUCCAUCAGCGCAAACCAAAAAGGAUGAUGAAGCGCCUUUUGUUGAGGAGCUGGACAAGCCUCAAAUCGACAUUGAUGAGCAAUUUGCAACCACUGUGAAGCGGGCCUUGACUCCCUGGAAAGAACCGGAUGAGGACGACGGAGUGGCCCUUGAUGAUUCAUACAAAGCAUUCCGAACAAAUCUAGUGCUGCUAUGGACCUUCAGUAAUGGCCUUCUGGCGUUGUUAAUCAACAACCUCAGCAUCGACCGGCUCUGCCUAACGUCAACAUCUACACCUCGAACCGCAUGGUAUUUUAAAAUCAUUCUGUGGACUACUUCUGGUCUCUCCAUUUUCCGAUUCUUUGGAGCACUGUAUUUCCUAGUGAAGACCGGGGUCUUGUGCUGCGUUUCCAGGCGUUGA